GUCGUGACAUCCAAGUGGAAACUCGAUCCCCACCGCUAUCACCAUGAAGCUGCUGUGCCUAGCCGCUGUCGCCACCCUGCUGGUGGCUGGUCCACUGGACUGCCUGCAUUUUACCACACGUGCUCAGGGGCUGCGCGGCCGCGUGCAGAGAGACCGCCGCAACAUCCGGCCUAACAUCAUACUCAUCAUGACCGACGACCAGGACGUGGAACUGGGCUCGCUACAGGUGAUGAACAAAACAAGGCGGAUCCUGGAGCAGGGAGGUACGACCUUCACCAACGCUUUCGUCACCACGCCCAUGUGCUGCCCGUCACGCUCCUCCAUGCUCACCGGCAAGUACGUGCACAAUCAUAAUACGUACACCAACAACGAGAACUGCUCCUCACCAUCCUGGCAGGCUCAGCACGAACCACGCACCUUCGCCGUUUACCUCAACAACACGGGAUACCGGACAGCUUUCUUUGGGAAGUACCUCAACGAGUACAACGGCAGCUAUAUCCCACCCGGCUGGAGGGAGUGGAUGGGCCUGAUCAAGAACUCGCGCUUCUACAACUACACCGUCUGCCGCAAUGGUUACAAGGAGAAGCACGGGGCUGACUACGCCAAGGUGUGUACCGCUGGCCCCGCGGUCCCUUUAGCUGGCGGAAAGGGCACACCCAUGGUGCAUGUUAGCCUGAUCUGGCAGUCCUCUUGGCCAUGUGACAUGACAAGGAGCAGAAACCCAAUUGGUCGCAUUGUGGGCGGUCAGCAUCAUGGCAGCUCAGCUGCAAUGAUACAGGCCCACCUGAAGGGGGCGUGUGUCUUCGGCAGGAACCCAAACGAGCAGCCAUGUGACCAGCCCAGGACUAUGGUCAUCAGCCACGCUGCCCCGCACGGUCCUGAGGACUCCGCCCCCCAGUACUCUGAGCUCUUCCCCAAUGCCUCCCAGCACAUUACUCCCAGUUAUAACUACGCUCCCAACAUGGACAAGCACUGGAUCAUGCAGUACACCGGCCCCAUGAAGCCCAUCCACAUGGAGUUCACCAACUUCCUGCACAGGAAGCGCCUGCAGACUCUCAUGUCCGUGGACGACUCCGUGGAGAAGAUAUACAAGAUGCUGGUGGACACCGGCGAGCUGGAGAACACCUACGUAAUCUACACAGCCGACCAUGGCUACCACAUCGGCCAGUUUGGCCUGGUGAAGGGCAAAUCCAUGCCCUACGACUUCGACAUCCGGGUGCCCUUCUUCAUCCGUGGGCCCAACGUGGAGGCAGGGGCAGUGAAUCUCCACCUGGUGCUGAACAUCGACUUGGCGCCCACCAUCCUGGACAUCGCGGGGCUGGACACACCCCCCGACAUGGAUGGAAAGUCCAUCCUGAAGCUGCUGGAGCAGGAGAGGACAGGGAACAGAUUCAAACCAAACCGGAAACCCAAAGUCUGGAGAGACACUUUCCUGGUGGAGAGAGGGAAGAUACUCCGCAAGAAGGAGCAGGGGGGCGGCGGUCUGAGCACGCCGCAGAGCAACAGCCUGCCCAAGUACCGCAUGGUGAAGGAGGUGUGCCAGCAGGCAGAGCUGCAGACGGCCUGUGCGCAGCCGGGACAGAAGUGGCACUGCAUCGAGGACGUCGCGGGCAAGUGGCGGAUCCAGAAGUGCAAGGGGCCCCUGAAGGAGGGCCCCAGGAAGAAGGCGAGGAGCCUGCGGGGGCGUGGCUAUGACAGCCGUGAGACGGAGUGCGACUGCGGGGAGCCGCGGUACCGCGCCGCCAGUGGGGACCGCCGUGCCCAGAGGCCCUUCGGCAAGCCAGGCAACCCACGAUUCCGGCCUCGGUUUGUUCACAUGCGGCCGUCCCGCUCACUGGCAGUGGAGUUCGAGGGCCAGAUCUACGACAUCGACCUGCAGGCGGAGGACAAGUUGGACCUCGUCCCGCGUAGCAUCAGCAAGCGGCAGGACAUGCCAACGGGCGACGUGGACUUUGGCCUGGAAUCGGAUGAUGCCUCGGAGGAGAUGCUGGCAGACGACACCAAUGCGGUCGGAUAUCCCAACUCCAUCAAAGUCACACACAAGUGCUACAUCCUGACCAACGACACUGUACGCUGUGAGAGGGAGAUCUACCAGUCGUCCCAAGCCUGGAAGAACCAUAAAAGUUACGUAGAUCAGGAGAUCGAAGCUCUUCAAGACAAAAUCAAGAACCUUCGGGAGGUCCGGGGGCACCUGAAACGGCGGCGGCCGGAUGAGUGCGACUGCGGCCGGAAGAGGGAGGUGGUGCCAGAGGUGGACAGGAAGUCGCAGCUGUUUAACGAGAUCCGCAGGAAGAAGAAGGAGCGUAAACUGAAGAAACGGCAGCGCAAGGGGGACGACUGCAGCCUUCCGGGUCUCACCUGCUUCACGCACAACAACGACCACUGGCAGACCGCCCCCUUCUGGAACUUGGGGGGCUUCUGUGCCUGUACAAGCUCCAACAACAACACCUACUGGUGCUUGCGGACUGUAAACGAGACUCACAACACCCUCUUCUGUGAGUUCGCUACGGGCUUCCUGGAGUACUUUGACCUCAACAGUGACCCGUAUCAGCUGACGAAUGCGGUCUUCUCUGUGGAGAGGGACGUCCUCAACCAGCUGCACUCCCAGCUGAUGGAGAUGAGAAGCUGCCAGGGGCACCGGCAAUGCAGUCCCAGGCCCAAGGGCCAGGAAGCCGAGCUCAGCCCGCCUGGGAUGGACGCAGGGGCUAAGAUGGCUGAUUUCCCAGAUGACACGGACUGGCGGGGGCUGGAGGACUUGUACAGCGUGGAUGAGAGCCGAUACGAGUGGCGCUCCCAUUUUAGCCCCGCCGAGGACAACUGGACGAACUUCUGGAAAGAUGUAGACAGUAUGUUUGUGCUGCUGAGUAAUUUUAAGAAACUCAACCAAACGGACGAGCUCGAACCCACAGCCGAGUCUGGCUCGGGGGCCCUUGAUCUGGAGGAGGCCAGUGGGGCGGGGGGCCCAGUCCAGCCUGCCACCACUGCCACUCCCAGACCCUCCACUCCACCACCAUUGGGUAGUGCACCCCCCCAGGUUGAGAAGAAGCCCCACCCCCUGAAUGACAUCCCUGAGAAGCUCCCCCUUUGGGAGAGGGGCCCCUCCACCGGGGAGACCUGGGCCCAGCAGCUGAAGGAUGGCCUGGACGGAGAUGGACUCACGUUCAGCGGAAACAGCCUGACAGAGUUGGAAACACACCAUGUCCACCUGCUGCGCUUGGCCCCCCAGGUGGACCAGGGCCCCAGGGAGGACGAGGAGGACAUCUUCCUGGCCCAGGGCUACCUCCCCCUGUCCCUGCAAACUGAGAGCCCUGCAGCAUAGACAGCGGGUGGCGGCGGCAGCAGUGCCCCCCGGAGGAAGGUGGUGGCGCUGCCGGGACAGCGCCCGAGCCAGUCAUACUCCACACACUGACACGCACUUCCUGACGAGCAGGGCGCCCCCUGGCUAGUUCCUGGCCAGUGUAUGGCGGCUUCUGCUGUCUCGCAGAGCAAUUUAUAAUUAUAUUGUGAAUGAUAAGUUGGCUUAUUUUUCUACAGGUCCUUCCAGUUAGUACAAAGCAGUGUUAUGCUGAUCCAGUCUCUAUGUAAUAUGUAUGUAUACAUAUAAUUGCCUAAUGCAGCCAUGGUUGAAUACUGGAGUUAAAUUGAAAUAGUUUAGUACCACAUGGAAGCUUGUACCAUUAAAGGAUGUCUUAAUAUAAACGUCAUGAAAAGCGCAGGCUUUGUGAUGGCACUGGGCGCCAUUGUUUUCCGCUGAUUGGUACUACGUGACAUUUGGUCCCUGGUCCAUAAGACCAUCACCCUCGUUGGGGAAAGAAUUCCUGAUGGGAGCUCGCUGUAUUGGGGGGGGGGGGGGGGGGAGUAAUUAAACCCGUAUUAAUUAGCAGUUAUUGGGAGGUCUGCACACCUUUAACAUGACAUCUGCUGUCCCAUGUGGCCCCAGUGGGGCGCGGUCACGACCGCUAUCCCGAACAGAGCCGGCGAAUCUCACAAUUGUGUGGACUGACCUGGAAGGUGGAUUCCCCCCAAAAAAAUCAAAACCAUGACUUGUAAAUAUUUAAACUGAGCUAUUUUUUUAGAAACUUUGCAGCAAAUCGGGCUUCAGGAAAGCCAAUGAAAUGGGUUAGAAAUAAAUAUUUUACUGAUUGAUCUGUAA